CUGCGUCAGGCGCGCGCCUCUCAUGAAGGAGCCCCGCACGCGCGUCCCGCCGCAGAAGCAUGGGGCCGCGGUGGUGGCUGUGGCUCGUCCUUCUGCGGGCGGCGGAGCUCCGCGUCGCCCUCAGCGCCCCGGGGCGGGAGGUGGAUGCCGGGAAAACGGGCGCGCGCGCGCCUCCGUGGCCUGACACGAACCACGAGCUCCGAGCCGAAGGUUCGGGGCUCGACGAACCGAAGCGGGUCACCCGGGCAGCGAAGGAGGGGAGGUUCAGGAAGAGAGACCCGCUUCCCGCGAGCACCGGCGAGGACUCCCGCCGCCGCGAUGACCCGAGCGGAUACUUCACCACCCCGCGGUCCCACCGGCACUCCGCCGCCCCGCCGAGGAACUCCUCCGGCGGCCGCGGAGCGGGGCUCCUCAACCCGCUGUACCCGGUCACCGACGGCUCGUACUGGGCGUACGCGGUCAUGCUGCUCGCGCUCGUCGUGUUCGCUGCGGGCGUGGUGGGGAACCUCGCGCUCAUGUGCAUCGUGUGGCACAACUUCUACCUGAAGAGCGCGUGGAACUGCAUCCUGGCGGGACUGGCCUUCUGGGACUUCCUCGUGCUUUUCUUCUGCCUGCCGGUGGUCGUCUUCCACGAGCUGACGCUCACGAGGUUGCUAGGAGACGUUUCCUGUCGGCUCGUGCCCUACCUGGAGGUGAGCUCUUUGGGCGUGGCCACGUUCAGCCUCUGUGCCCUCAGCAUCGACCGCUUCCAUGCUGCCACUGGCCCCGCCCCCAUUCAGACUCCGAAGGUGGAGCCCUGUCAGUCCAUCCUGUCCAAACUGGGCGUCAUCUGGCUGGGCUCCAUGGUGCUGGCGGCUCCCGAGCUGCUGCUGUGGCAGCUGCGGCGGGACGCCGUGAGGCUGCCGCCGCCCACCGGCUCCCUGAUGGCGGCUCUCAGAGCUCCGCCCGACACGCUGAAGGUGGACGUCUGCGUCCGGGAACCGUCUGCGGAGCUCCCGGAGAGCGUGUACGCCCUGGUGCUGACCUACCACGAGGCCCGCAUGUGGUGGAUCUUCGGCUGCUACAUCUGCAUGCCGCUGCUCUUCACUCUGGCCUGUGACCUGGUGACCCGCCACGUGUUGGCCCAGCGCCUUCCUCACACACCAACCUGUGACAAAGCCGCCGGCAGGUGUUCCUCGUUACCGUCACCAACAGGUAAAAAGCAGCAGAUGAGGGAGCAGAGGCUGCGCUCCACCGUGAUGGCGCUCAGCAGCCUGUACGUCGCCUGCACCCUCCCUCAGAGCGUCUGCAGCAUCACGCUGGCGUACAUGUCCGCCGCUCUGACGGCCGGCCUCCCUCCUCUGGUCCUGCCCGCUCUGGCGCUGCUGGAGCAGUUCCUGCUGUUCGUGCGCUGCGCCGCCACGCCGGCGCUGCUGCUCUGCCUGUGCCGCUCGCUCGGCCAGGCCUUCAUGGACUGCUGCUGCUGCUGCUGCGAGGAGUGCCUCACCGACAGCGCCUCCUCCUCAGCAUCCUCCGCCUCUACGGCGGCCACCUCCGCCCUGUCCUCGCCCUCGUCUCUGUUACCCCCCGGCAAAGAGGAGAUGAAGACCCUGCUGUCCACAGAGCCGGCUUUAGGGACGCCCUGCUGAGCUCCAGCAUCAUCAUCACAAUCUGCUGCUCACUUUAGUGACAUUUACCACUCGAACACGGAGAUGCUGAACCCGAAAGGUUGGAGUUCAGGGGUCCCCAAACCUUUUCUCGUGAGGCGGUUUGUAGGAAACGUGUAACAAUCACAGCGUAAACCAGGAGUCUGCAACCUUCAACACUUAAAGAGCCAAUCAGAUCCAUUUCCAAUCCAGAAGGAGCCACAAACUCUCCUUUAAGAAAAAUAAGAUUUAUUUUAUGCUACUGCAGCGAUUAUGAGACACUUACUUUUUUUUUGUUGGUAUAACUUAAACAUAAAUAAAAAGAAAAAAAAUAGCAGUUUUUCAGAGGUUUGCAUGACAUCCUUUCAAAAAUAAAAGACACCCGGAACCGUAUUUGAUGAUCUUAAUGCAGUAAAUGUUGGAAGUGGAUGUCAGCAUAAACAAAAAUAACACAUUUUAUUUUACCAUCGUUGGUGCAUCUCAGCCAGAAAUUCACAAAUCAGAAGUAACUGUAUUUUUUAGAUCACUUAAAAUCCUUCAAUUUUUCAACAAAAUAAUCCGAUGUUCCUUAAGUAUGAAUUCCGGCCGUACGCUAAUGUCCAACUGAUCUUUGGUGGUAGAAGGUUUUAGUGCGACUUUGAUGGAGCUGCAUCGCUAUUUUAAUAAAAAUAGAUUUUUUUUUUCUUAAAUGUUAAAGUCCCAUUAGCUGUCACACAUCUAGAUGUGUGAAAUUUGUUCUCCACAUUUGACCAAAUGGUUCCCGGUUGAUUUGCCAAAAUAGUCCAUAAAGCUAGAAAAAUGGCAAUGGUUGAUUUCACGACCUUCCAAUCUCAGGGCGGACACUCUACCACAAGGCCACUGAGCUUUUCUCUAACUGUGAGAGCCACAAUGGAGGGGUCCAGGAGCCACAGGUUGCAAACCGCUGGCUUAAGCGUAAACAUUUAUGGUUGUCCCGAAAGCCACGCAUAGCCAAAUUUUAAAGAAUUCAUUUCUGUAAUAUUAGCUGAAAAAAACAAUACUAAAACAUUUUUAAAUAUUUGUUAGAGUUCAACCAUCCACCUCCACCUCCAACCACCAGAGGGAGCUCUCGCCAAAGUACUGACGAUCCCUCCCUCUACUACAUCUCCCAUGAUCCAUCACUUUCUGGUGCAAGCCUUCCUCAACUGUCUCUCAUCAACCACUCUGUAUAUAUUUCAGUCUCUAGUGCGAAGUCUUGUUUAGUUUGUUAACAUUCUGAGCGUUCCUCUUUGUCUGAUUCUCUGGUUGUGUCAGAACCCCCCCCC